AUGGCGGCGGCUGGCGGGGGGCGGACGCGGCCUCCGGCGGCCUGCGUCUACGUGGCCCGCUUCGGCGCGCACCGGUGUGGCGGUGUGCUGCAGCUGGGCGGCCGCCGGAGCCCGGGGCUCGGGGCCACAUGCAGCCGGGCGGGCGCGCCGGAUGGUGGAGGGCGGCCCCCCGGCCCCGGGCCCAGGCCCCCCGCGGCCCCCUCGGACGAGCGGGCGUCGAGCGCGCAGAGCAGCCCCGCGCCGGUGGCACGUGCAGGUGGCGCGAAGGGGCGGCGGGGACAGGGGGACAGGGGGGCGGGUGGGCGCGGUGGGCUUCUCCGCCCUUGGCCUCCCCUCAGCCCUGGGUCGGGCCGCAACCCUGAGGGCGGCCAGGCCGGGCCCCAGGUCGCCCCUGCCGCGCUGGGGCUGGAGGACAGCCCGAGGAGGGGCGCGAGGGGCGGGCGCUGUCGUGUGAGACGAGGCGGAGACGGACGGGGCGGACGCAGCCCCGAGGCCCGGCGUUUAACUCAGAAGAAUUUAGCUAAAAAGUUUGAUUUUCCGAUACCUUUGAAUGAAGCUUCCAAAAUAAUGAAGAAAAAGAAAAAGGUUUUAGCAUGGAAUAGAGUAUACAAAGUCAUUUCUAGAAUGCUUGAAGAAAAUGAAAAAUAUAGACUCAGGCUGAAACGCCAGCAAGUAUCUAGUGAAAAUUACAAAACUCGUGCAGAUUAA